GUGUAUAAUAACAUAUGUAUAAACGCUUUUUAUUAAUUCUCUUACAAAUAAUAUAAAAUUCUCGCGCGUGUUCACAAGUGUUUCCCUUUCAGCAACGCGUAAAAUAUUUCUAAAUCACUGUCGCUCGAAGAUAUUUCUAUAAAUAUCUAAUACUUUUACUAUCGAUCGACGAGAGACAAUGUUUUUGACACGAUAUUCUAUUAUUUCGCGGCAUCUUGCGAAUCGCGCCGGUAAAAUUGGUGCGUGCCAUGCGUCGAAUUAUUGCAAGAUUGAUGAAAAUGUCUUUGGGUUGAAUGACGAACAGAAAGAGCUUCGUUCGCUCGUUUUCAAUUUUGCACAAAAGGAGCUAGCGCCUAAAGCCGCCGAAAUCGACAAGAAAAAUAAUUUCGAUGAAUUGAGGACGUUUUGGAAAAAAUUGGGUAAACUGGGCCUGUUAGGUCCGACGGUGAAACCAGAAUAUGGAGGCACAGGCAGCACAUAUCUCGAUCAUGUCAUUGUCAUGGAAGAAAUUAGUAGAGCAUCCGCCGCUAUCGGUCUCAGCUAUGGUGCACAUUCAAAUCUCUGUGUCAAUCAAAUUCACAGAAAUGGCACGGAGGAACAAAAGCAAAAAUAUUUACCUAAGCUAUGCAGCGGCGAACACAUCGGCGCGUUGGCGAUGUCGGAACUGAGUGCCGGAUCCGACGUUGUCUCCAUGAAAUUGCGAGCCGAAAGAAAGGGGGAUUACUAUGUCCUCAACGGCAACAAAUUCUGGAUCACCAAUGCUCCGGACGCGGAUACGCUAGUCGUCUACGCGAGGACGGAUCCGAACGUGGACAAGCCGCAGCAUGGCAUCACCGCUUUCAUCAUCGAACGUGACACAGAAGGUUUCAGCACGGGGCAGAAGCUGGACAAGCUUGGCAUGCGCGGCUCGAACACGAGCGAACUGAUUUUCGAGGAUUGCAAAGUGCCGGCUACAAACGUUUUAGGAGAAAUUAACAAAGGUAUUUAUGUACUCUUUAGUGGACUGGAUUUAGAACGAUUAAUACUAUCUGGCGGGCCCCUGGGGCUAUUGCAAGCUUGUUGCGACGUUGCCUUUGAAUAUGCUCAUACAAGAAAACAAUUUGGCCAGUAUCUUGCGAAAUUUCAGUUGAUACAGGCGAAGAUAGCGGACAUGUAUACAGCUCUGAGCGCGAGCAGAAGCUACUUGUACUCUGUCGCCAGGUCCUGUGACGCCGGUUAUGUAAAUCGCAAAAAUUGCGCCGCGGUGUUGCUCUUUUCCGCCGAGAAUGCAAUGAAAGCGGCAUCAGAUGCUGUACAGAUACUCGGUGGCAAUGGCUAUAUCAAUGAUUACGUGACAGGGAGAUUGCUGCGAGACGCGAAACUUUACGAGAUCGGCGCGGGUACCAGUGAAAUACGACGUAUAGUCAUCAGCCGAGCAAUCACCGAGGAAUAUCUAUGAAAUAAGUCGUAAUCUCGAUUUGAUGACUGUAUGGGAAGAAUGAUUUUAUUGAAAUAUCUAAAAACUUGGAUGCAAGUCUGAAAAUAAUUUGUUAGACAAUACUUUUGAGGCUUUCACGGGUGUUUUCUUCAGAGGUACCAAAGGGUUUGCGGAUUAUCGCCGUGUCGUGAUCCAUUGCUAAUGCCAACGUUUCAUGAAUCUUGCCGUUCACUUCAUCAAGGUGAGGAGCGGACUAAUACUAAGUUGCUCCUCCGAAGGGUUCUCUUUAUAUAAAGUUUAUAUACUUCCUCUUUAUAUACUCCCUUUAUAUAAGAUAAAUUUUGUUAGACUAUCGAAAUAUUUACGUAAGAAGCAUGAUAAUUGAUAAGCAAUGCCGCAAAAAAUUUUGACAUUCUAACAACAGUUUGAACGUUCUAUGCAAUUUAGACAAAAUCAUUUUCAGAUCUAAUUUAGCUAAAUUUUUAGAUACUUCAAAACCUAUGAACAAUCAAGCACGACAAACGCGUAACAUGUAAGUUCGUAAAUUUGAAUUGCUGACUGGCAAA